AUGGGGCCCUGUCAGCCGUGUGACGUGUUCAUGACGAAAGACGGGCAGAUUUUGCCAGUCCCCAAUGUGGUUGUACAGGAUGUGGCCUGCGGCGCUAACCACACGCUGGUCCUGGACUCUCAGAAGCGUGUCUUCUCCUGGGGCUUUGGUGGCUACCGCCGCCAGGGCCACGCCGAGCAGAAGAACGAGAUGGUCCCUCGCCUGGUGAAGCUGUUCGACUUCCCCGGGCGUGGGGCGUCCCAGAUCUACGCUGGCUACACCUGCUCCUUCGCUGUCAGUGAAGUGGGUGGGCUGUCCUUCUGGGGGGCCACCAACACGUCCCGCGAAUCCACCAUGUACCCAAAGGCCGUGCAGGACCUCUGUGGCUGGCGAAUCCGGAGCCUGGCUUGUGGGAAGAGCAGCAUCAUCGUCGCCGCCAACGAGAGCACCAUCAGCUGGGGCCCGUCGCCCACCUUUGGGGAGCUGGGUUACGGGGACCACAAGCCCAAGUCCUCCACCGCGGCUCAGGAGGUGAAGACGCUGGACGGCAUUUUCACCGAGCAGGUGGCCAUGGGCUACGCACACUCCCUGGUGAUCGCUCGAGAUGAAAGCGAGACCGAGAAAGAGAAGGUCAGAAAACUGCCUGAGUACAACCCCCGGACCCUCUGAUUCUCCCGGAGCCCUCAGCCCCCCACCUCCCGCGGCAGCUGUCAGUUCCACGUGCACUGGGACCGGACGUCCAACGAGGAAUUGAAAGAAAGCAAGAGUUGACCGAAGGUGCAUUUUUGUUAGACUCCCUGAGGUUCUGUUUUAUAAGUGAUUUCAAUGUCAACUACCUUUUCUGUAUGCUUUCCAAAGUGUUUUUUUUUUCUUCUAAUGUUUAAUUAAAAUAUUUGCUCAUAGUUGACUUACCAUUCCUACAAAAGAGGCAGAAACUCUGAGCAACCUAGGUUUUUUUUUUUUUUUUCUCCAAGUGGUUUUUCUUUUUCUUCCUGCUCCUAAACACAUUUCUCAGAACACCCCCUUCCAGUCGUAACUAGCAUGUGAUCCGAGUGGGUGCUCCCUGGGAGAGGAGUACCCGUUGAUGCAGAAAGGUCGGUCCCUUCUGGGAGCCAGCAGCGGCUGGACAGAGACAGUGCUGGUGGUGGAUCUCCAUCCAAAAAUCACGCCCGCCUGCUUCGGAAGCAUCUGGGUCACUUUCUUUCCCGCUUUUUCCUGUAGACCAGCCGAGGCCGUUUCUCUCCUUGGCUGCUUGUAAGCCCCAGCACCUUUUGGCUGCAACAUUAUUAGAAAUCUGCCAUUUCCCCCCUGGUGGGGGCUCUGGGGUCUGUGUUUAGCCAUUUUUUAUAUACUUUAGCUAUAAAAGUCCAAAUGAGAAUCGGGUGAUUGUGGACCCAGUGGGACUUGGGUGGGCAGACGAAGGGACAGCAUGUCUAGUUCACGGGCGGCUCUGAGGUUUUUCGGGACGAGCUGGAGCCGUCUGGCCAGUACUCGCCAUUAGAGAUUGAUCAGCCAGCAGUUAAAAAAAAAAAAAAAAAAAAAAAGUGCAUUCUGGAGUCCUUGCAAGGAAGGAUCAGCCCUUUCCGUACCAGCCUUGAUCACCUCUGUGCUUCUGUCUCUAUCCUCCGCCGGAUCCUGCUGGAACGGGCCCAGUCUCUGAGACGCGGGGUCCUGUUCUGCUAACCCAGCUCUCUGGUCGCCUUGCUUGGCUGUGGUACCAAAUAGUUGGGAUUCCUGAAAAGUCCCCCUUCCCCGCGUGUCAGCGCGGAUCUGUGACUGCCACCCCGCUUCCUGCCACGCGCCCUCUGCCCGAGCUCGUCACCGGCGGUGCGCUGCUCUGCGGGACUUACGAGGUGCCUUUCCCGGACCCCUCCGCUCACUUGGACCCAGGAGAGGCGACAGCUCUGGCUGGGGCUCUUGGUUUCGAGAGGGUCAGGAUGGGCUUGGGUACUUUAAAAUAGAUCUAUUUAGUUCAGUGGUGCUUCUGGGGGAGAGGGGGUUCGGACUUGGUGGGACACGUGGGGGGAAUGGGAGAGUUGAAUAUGGGUCUUUUUAUUCUUUGCUUUGCUGUUGUUACCACUUGUCAUUGUCUCGAUGUUAAAAUGCCAAAAAUGA